GUAACUGAUAAGUUUCAGAACUUUUAUUUGUAGUUAUGUUACUGUCGGAAAAUAUGUUCCAUAAUUUUUUUUUCUUUUUUCAAAUGGCUCAACGGUUGGAAAAGCUGGAAAUUGUAGUACAACAAACGCUAUUUGGAAUACAAAAUAAUAAUAGUGGAGAGCUGCUAAGGGAAAUGUUGGAAUAUUUAACAAAGCACGACUUAGUGAAUAUUGAUACGGAUGGGAACUAUUCAGCUUCAAUUUUCGGUACAGCAGUCUUUUCGGCUUCUUUAUCACCACUGUUGGCACCGCAGAUGUGCACUUUAUUAUCAAAUAAUUUGAGCGAAGGUGUUGUAUUGUCUUCACAUUUUCAUUUAUUAUUUAUGAUGGUGCCGUUCGAUAUAAAUGUCGAUAUUGAUUGGGAUGUAUUCUAUGAUGAGUACAAAGCAUUGCCAAGAUCUGAGCAAACUUUGCUUGCACGAUUAGGAGUGAAUGAUAAGCAGCUAGUUCGAUGUUUCAUCGAUCGACCAAAAUUGAACGAAGGAGGAUCACCGCUGCGCCUUUAUAUUUCGUUAAUGCUGCACCGACUGUGGAAGCAGGAAACAUUUUCUGAUGUUGCGGAACGUUUUCAUGUAACACGUGGUUGGCUUCAAAAUGUUCUUCAAGCAACUUGUUCACAGGCAUCUUCGAUUGCUCGUUUUGCAGAGAAAAUACCGUCUUUCUGGCCAUUGAGAAAUUUAUUACCUGAUUUGGUACAGCACUUGCGAGAUUGUUCGCAGCAGGAGCUUAUUCCUUUACUUGCACUUGAUGGUGUCAAAAGAGGUCGAGCGCGACAACUUUAUAAUGCAGGUUUCAAAACGAUUGGUUUGAUUGCUUCAGCAGAUCCAUCACUACUGGUAUCUACCAUAGAUUAUCUUAAUAGACGACAAGCUAAUGCAAUCAUCAGAAGUGCAAAGGUUUUACUUCGUGAUCAGCUCGCAGAGAAAGUUGAAGAACUACAGGAACAAAUUGGAAUUGAGGGGGCCGACAUUUUGGCAAAGUUGUUUUCAUAACUGCUGAAAAAUUGCUUCAAGUUGCAGUAUCAGCAGUGAUGGAAUGGAUUUUUUCUUUAUAAUGCAGUAUUGUGUGACAUAAGGUUUAUGCUAAUACAGGUUGUAGAUUAAUUUAUACUCUUUUUUUUAUUCAUUUUUGUGUUAAUCCUUUUUCUCAC